AAGCCAAAACCCGACGAAGCGUCACACUCCCAGAAUCGCAGAGCAGGUCAUCGUGAAACCAUCAGCCCGACCAGAUAAGUUCCUAGGCGGCGGCGACAGCGACGGUGAGUGUCAUUCCUCCAAUUCCCCAACAGCAACAGACAAAAAAAAAAAAAAAAAAGCAUGUCUUGCGCCACUACCACCUUCAACCUUGGACCUUCACUGAGACUACACAACUACAGCUACAACAACUACAACUACAACAACAACAACAACAACCUGCGAUUUCCGAAGCCCUUUGCUCACUACUUCGCUGUCUCUAACAACAACAACUACAGCGACAACACUUCCUCGUACUCUGUGGGUACCCUCUUUUCCAUUUCAACCAAUCAUCGCUCUACCUCAUUCAACGGCUCACGAUCGUCUUCCUCGCCCUUCUUCAUCUGCUCUUCUCUCAAAUCUCAGCCGUCCGUCUCUCUUGAUCAAACCAACAACUCUGCUUCUCAAGAGAGGGUGGUAGUUUUGGUCAUUGGUGGAGGGGGAAGGGAACAUGCACUUUGUUAUGCUUUGCAGCGAUCUCCCUCCUGUGAUGCUGUCUUCUGCGCACCUGGUAAUGUUGGGAUUUCCAACUCAGGGAAUGCCACUUGUAUUUCAGACCUUGACAUCUUUGACAGCUCGGCUGUAAUAUCCUUCUGCCACAAAUGGGGUGUGGGGCUGGUUGUUGUGGGACCAGAGGCUCCUCUUGUUUCAGGCCUUGCAAAUGAUCUGGUUAAGUUUGGAAUUCCAACUUUUGGCCCUUCAGCAGAGGCUGCUGCUUUGGAAGGUUCCAAAAACUUCAUGAAGAAUUUGUGUGACAAAUAUGGAAUUCCUACUGCUAAGUAUAAAACAUUUACAGAUCCAUCUGCUGCAAAGCAAUACAUUCAAGAGCAAGGAGCACCAAUUGUUAUCAAAGCGGAUGGAUUGGCAGCUGGAAAAGGAGUUGUUGUUGCUAUGAAUGUGGAGGAAGCAUGUGAAGCUGUUGACUCAAUGCUUGUGAAGGGUGAUUUUGGUUCUGCAGGUUGCCGUGUUAUUGUUGAAGAAUAUCUAGAAGGAGAAGAAGCAUCUUUUUUUGCCCUGGUGGAUGGAGAGAAUGCCAUACCUCUAGAGUCUGCUCAGGACCAUAAACGAGUUGGAGAUGGAGAUACAGGGCCCAAUACUGGUGGGAUGGGGGCAUAUUCUCCAGCACCUAUCUUAACAAAAGAACUUCAGGCAUUGGUCAUGAAAUCUAUAAUUCUUCCUACGGUAAAUGGAAUGGCUGCAGAAGGGUGUAAGUUUGUUGGGGUUUUGUAUGCUGGGCUUAUGAUUGAGAAGAAGUCUGGCUUACCAAAGCUGAUUGAGUACAAUGUGCGCUUUGGAGAUCCAGAAUGCCAGGUCUUGAUGGUUCGGCUGGAGUCUGAUCUGGCACAAGUUUUGCUUGCAGCUUGUAGAGGAGAGCUGAGUGGGGUAUCCCUGAACUGGUCCCCAGGUUCAGCCAUGGUAGUGGUAAUGGCAAGUAAGGGUUAUCCUGGGGCCUAUGAGAAAGGAUCUGUGAUUCGAAGUCUUGAGGAAGCGGAGCAUGUUGCUCCAUGUGUUCAGAUAUUUCACGCUGGAACUGCCCAAGACUCAGAUGGCAAUAUCAUUGCCACGGGAGGACGCGUUCUUGGGGUUACUGCCAAGGGAACAGAUCUUGAAGAAGCACGGGAACGAGCUUACCAAGCUGUUGAGGAAAUUAAUUGGCCGGGAGGAUUCUACAGGCGGGAUAUUGGUUGGAGAGCACUGCCCCAGAAACAUUUUGCUACAAAGAGGGUGAACUAAUAUGAGAAAAUAAAGGUGGCUCAUUUGGAAAACAAAUGUUCUACAUUGUUGAAUAUUUAAAAAUGGUUCAUGAUAGAAAUUAACCAAGGAAGAAAAAGGUCCUCUUGUUGGCGGACUUUUCUGGCUUCUUAUAGAAUUUUCAUGUCAUAUUACUGACAUUGAUUCCAUCUUUUUUGUAUCCAAAGAUUGAGCCAAAAAAGUUCAGCAUUACUCAACACAUAGGUCUCAGGCUAAGUGACAUUUCCCAAUUUUUCUAUGAGAUAAACCUGGGUUCAAGUCC